UCGGACGGGCGAGAGACAUCGAGACACGACAUAAAGGCGUUUGCGACACGCCAGGAGGACGCGUCGCAUUCGAGACCGCGCGGGAUCGUGCGCGUAGAAGCUCCUUCAGCAGCGGGGCGGGCUUGCAGGAGGCUCGCUCGCUGUUGGGGAGUCGUAUGGGAGACUAGGCGAGGAUGGUUCAAUUCAAAAGGAAGCCGGUGCAAUACGUGCCGCACCCCAAGCGGCUGAAAGAGAAUGACGAGGUGUUCUUUAUUCAGCAGACGGGGGAAAUCUUUCGUGAUUAUGAGGCAUAUCUACAGAGGCGCGAUUUCUACCUCCAAAAGAAAUUCACCUGCGAGAUUACCGGCCGUUCCGGACUCAGCUUCUUCGAUGCGCUGGAGAGCGAGAUGGAAGAGACACGCAUCGUCGACGACAAUUUCCCCGAGCCGCUUCGCGAGCCCGUUCUGCGCCGGGUCCAGUUCUCGACAAUCUCCAGAAUCGAUGAUUUAGUGACACUGGCGUAUGAUGAGUUCAAGGAAGACUUCUUCCCCGGCGAGACCGUGAUUGUCCUCCUCCCUUCCGGCGACCGGACCGUCGGUCAGGUGCGCGAGAAGACUACGAUGUCGGCAUUGACGAAUCCGGACGGCAGCGUCGAACGACCGGCGCAAUCCCGGUACUUCAUCCGCGUGCUCGCCAACCGACCCGACCUCCCGAAGGAGACAUACCUGGACGGAUCCAACCUCACGCGCGACAAGAAGUUCUUUACCAAAAACAUGCUCCGCGCGUUCCUGAAGCAGACGCUGAGCCGUGCGUCGUGGGUCGGCGCUCCGUGGAACGUUAAGCCGGGCAUCGCCAGAGAGUACAGCAUCAACAUCGACAUCCCUCCCCAUCUGGCGCAGUCGGAGAUCCAAGCGAUGCGAUUCGCGGAGCGAGAGAGGAAGCUGGGCAGCAAGCGCGCGGGCAUCCAGAACCACAUCACCAUCUACCAAGGCCCCCCAGAGGACCGAUCGCCGGACUUCUCCACCCAUAGCGGGAAGAGCAAGCACCGCAGCGUUUCGAAUCCGAAUAUGCAUCCGCAACAGCACUUCCACCAAGGUCAUCCUAUGCCACAUAUGCACGGCCAACCUCAAUUCGUCCCCUACCAAGCCUACGGAGCCCCCCCUGGUGCCAUGCUGCACAUCCCUUACUCCCAGUUCGAACCUCCCUCUGUCCCCGUCCAACAACUCUACGGCAACCAAUACGCCCACCAACCCAUCCAAGUCCCGAUCUACCAGCCCGAAUCUCCACGAUCGCCGCGUGUGCCGACACCGCCACGCAAUCCGACACCGCCACCUCCGCCUAUCAAAUACCCGAUUGAAGACCUGGAUAUCACACCCAAGGAGGAUGUAGUUGCGCGACCGCAAUUGAAGUACUUGACGACGGAGACGGCGGAGAUGAGCUCGUCAGACUCGGAACAUGAGGAGCGGACCGAGUUACAGCCUAAUUCUGUCGGCCCACUCCUGGAAAUCUGGAAUACGCUCAACGUCCAUAAAGAAGUCUUCACUCUAGACUCGUUCACGAUCGAUGAUUUUCUAGAUGCGAUGGAUUUUUCGUCUGACGAAUUGGACUGCGAGCUCUUCGUCGAGAUCCACUGCGCCGUGCUGUCCAUCCUCGUAAAUCCACAAGGUCACGUGCUCGCCCAACUCCCGCAGUUCGAGGAAUCGUCGGACGAGUCCGAGUCCGAAUCCGAGGAGUCUGAUGAACCAAGCCCGGAACCGGAGCCUGUCCCCGUCCGGACCACACGAGGCAGUCUCAGGAAACAGGAGAUCGAGCGAUUACGAGCCCUCCGCACCCCAACGCCCGACCCCAACGCUCCCACGCACCGCGCCCCAGAACUCCUAGAGAACUACGGCUGGAUCGAGCGAUUAAAGGCCCGUGACUUCCGCGCCGGCGGCUGGGAAGUCAUCAUGAUCGGCGUGCUCUGGCAGCUCUCGCUCGACGAGCGGGAGAAGAAGAACUGCGAGCCGGUCCUCCGGUACCUCGCUCCUUUGGAUGUAGAACCGACGCAGGAGACCACGCGCGAGCAUUACGCAACGAUGGAUAUUAACCUACGCAUCCAGGCGCUCGAGACCAUCACGAUGCUGGCGGUGCGGACGAAGCCGAUCAGGGAGUAUAUGGAGCAGAUGAGCGAGCAGAUGACCGAGUUCCGCAAGCAGAAGAUCGACUGCCAGCGGAAGCGGAAAGUAUUCAUGGAAGAGCUCCGGGAGGUUGACGAUAAGCGGAAAACGCUACAGACGGAGAUCGUCGAGAAAAAUUUGGCUGCGGAAACCAACGGUGACGCGAAGCCCGUUAACGGUGCAGCGGACGAGGAGAAAUCACCACCCCCAGAAAUAAAGGACACCGAUUCCGAGGAGACGGAAGACGAGAUGCCUACACGGACGCUCCGACGCGCCGACGAGCGCAAGCGCAAGCGCGAAGAAGAAAUCACGCGCAAAGAGCAAGAAAAGAAGGCGAAGGCGGACGCCAAGUCCUCGAAACAAGACACGGCGCUCGCCAAGCUCAUGAAGCAAAUCGACGGCAAGCGCGCCGCCAUCAAAGGCUGCGAAGACCAGAUCGCCACCAUAGACGACCACCUCCGCGAAACCAACAUCCAGCGCACCAAACAGCUCGGCCGCGACCGCUUCUGGAACCGCUACUACUGGUUCGAGCGCAACGGCAUGUCCUUCGCCCCCUCCGACGACGAGUCCUGCCCGUAUGGCUACAAAAACGGCCGCCUCUGGAUCCAAGGCCCCGACGCCUCCGAGCUCGCCGGCUUCAUCGACCUCCCCCCCGCCGACAUGGCCGACUACAAGAAACGCAUCGGCAUGACCGUCCCCCAGCGCCGUGACAAAGAAGAAGGCGCCACCCGCCUCCCCGACGCGAACCACUGGGGCUACCUCGACUCCCCCACCGACCUCGCGGCCCUCAUCGACUGGCUCGAUGACCGCGGCCUGCGCGAGAAGACACUGCGCAAGGAACUCGUCACGUGGCGCGUUAGCAUCGCGCAAUGCAUGACCGCGAUGCACGCGCACCGCGACGCCGCAGCGGCCAAGCGCGCUGCGGCGAGCGAAGACGGUGCGACGCGGGUGAGCACGAGGACGAAGACGUAUGCAGACCUGGGGGCGACGAGGCAUCGGUGUUUGAUGUGGAGGAAUGGGGCGGCGGUGGAGAGGUUGGGGCAUCGGCACGGGGAGCCGGGGGGGAAGAAAAUAGCGAAGGGGAAGAAGGGGGAAGUGAAGGCAGUGGGGAAGAGUGCAAAGUUGGUGACGAGGGGGACGAGGAGUGGGAGGGGUUGAGGGGUUAAAAAUAGGAGGAUAGGAUGAUGCGACGCACCGUAGUUCGUCGAUUCUUCGAGUCGACGAUGACUUCCAUCGUCGUU